UGAUAAGUGUUCAUUAACUAUCAGGUAUUAUCAACGGAUUAUGUGACUUUUGAAAUUGACGAAACGUUUUAAUUUUAGACUUAUGUUACUUACUUUAUCAUAGAAAUCGAAAGAAUAAUAGAAUCAUCACAGGACUUGCCACUAAAUCAAAUUACUCCCAAUUGUCAUAUGAAAGAGAAAAUAAUCUAAAGUAAAACGAGCAAGAAUGAUAUCACUAAAAGGUGUGGAGUACUCUAAAAAAAGUAAAGACCUGUGAUAUUGAAAAGAUAGACUGCAGAAACAUAUGCAUCACAGGGGUUGAUCGUGAGCCAUAUCACUUGAGUUCUGUAGCAUUUCGAGGACGUGACCCACACGUCUGAGGUCACCAGUCAGUGGUCCCUUCGGGUUGACUGCCAUGUCUUUGUUCAAUCACUACAGCCUGUUUCUCAUACUAGUCCUACUUUGCCUAAUAUUAUCGGUUGAAUAAAGGCGGCCUUUUGGUAUGAACAACGGCUAUCAUAAUGAGUAUAUAUAUAUAGUAUAAUAUUGUAUUACUAAGUACGCUUGUGAUUCCUUUUCAGACUUCUAUGGUUUAUUGAUUAAAAACGAUGAAGAUGAAAUCCAUAACCGAUAACGUUGUAAAAUAUAAUGAUGAAUUAUUCAUUAAAUGUAAAUGGGGUGAUUGCAAUCAGUUGUUCCCUAAUUAUACUCGUCUUCAUGUUCAUUUAAUGAGAUGUCAUAUAAAAUAUGCAACGCAUAUUUGUUUAUGGAAUGAUUGUCAAAUGAAUACUCUUCAAGAUCAUCUGCAAUUAUUACGUCAUGCAUUGUUACAUGCAUUUUUUGAAGAUUGUAUAGUUAAUACCAAUAAACUACUUAAAUCUCAUCAUGAAACAUGGAGUUUUGUCUGCUCUGGACCCAGUUAUCAAAAACCAGCUUAUCGUCAACGAUCAAUAGACACAUUCUUAUCAAAUCCUGUAAUUUUACAGGAAGGUUUCCGUUGUCAAUGGAAAGAUUGUCAUUACGUUACAGAUGUAGCCGUCUUAUAUGUAGAUCAUGUUUUUCAGCAUGAUUAUUCGGACAAGCAUAGUGAUGAUGAUAAUGACGAUGACGAUAGUGAUGAUGAACGCCAUGAAGAUAGUUCUCAGUUAAUUUGUUUAUGGCAAUCAUUAGAUAAUGAUAAAAGAAAUAAUUCAACACAGUUGAAUACUUGUAACUUUGUAUGUAAUCGUCGUCCGGUACUUCGUCAUCAUGUGCGUCGUCAUACUGGAUUACCAAAUUACAUUUGUUCUAGCUGUCUGACUUGUUUUACAGAGUUUGCUAAUUUCAAAGAGCAUUUUAUAUGGAGUUUACUUGGAGAUCAGCAGAAUGCGAUACGAUAUAAUGAGCCAGGCAAUGAAGAUAACCACUGUCCAAUUGAAUUGAAGAUUAUCGAGGAAUCGAAAUAUUUCCCCAAACAUCUUGUAGGCAUAGCUUUAUUUCGAUGUCCUACAUGUAUUAGAGCAUUUAUAACAAAAGAAUGCUGGUCUACCCAUAAAAAUGGAUGUCCCAAGUCAAAAAACAAAAUGAAGAUUACUGAUACUACUACUUCUACUAGUAAUAAUAAUAAUACUAAUACUACUACAGAUGAAGUAAUAAAUCCAAAACCAUCGAAAAAUAAUGCUGUUAUAAAUCCUCGAAAACGUGUUUCACAACCAUAUUAUAAAACAGUUGUAAAUACUACUGACUAUCUAUACUGUUGUCAAGUCGGUAAUUGUACAUAUAAGUCAAGUAAAUUAACUGGAUAUCGUUGUCAUUAUAGACGUUAUCAUUUAAGUAGUAAUCCUGAUGGUCUAUGGUAUUCAUGUCAUAUAUGCACAGCAUACAAAGCCGCUAGAUAUCAUAACGGUACGAGUGGUCCUUUAGCACCAGAUCUUGAUGAAAUCAUUGGAGACUCAGAUGAAGAAAGCCAAUCGAAUGAGGAGGUACUUACUUCCGCUGAAUUAUUAGAACGUUUAUAUCAAAUAUGGCAAAAUGAAAAGAUUGCACCUGUACUGCUAACUGCACACUCUGACUUAUUAGGUCUUAUUCAAACUGAAGUUAAUCAAUUAGAGUCUGAAGCGAAAUCUUUACCAGCUGGUGAUUUAAAAGCUCAAAUGAAACGAAUUCAAGUUGAACGAAUCCGUUUUAUUAUUGCAGAUUAUAUGCGGGUUCGUAUUAAAAAGAUUGAAAGAUUCGCUGAACAUGUCUUGGCUGAAGAACGAUCACGUAAUCCGAAUGAUCCACCGCAUUUAACUGUAGAAGAAUACCUUUUUGCUAAAUCAUAUGCAAACAGUAUUCGAGAUUAUUUAAAGAAUAAUAUUAUUAAUCGUUUACCGGCUAAUAUGCAAUCUGUUAAAGAUGAAGAAUUAGCAUAUCAUCCAAAUCCAAACAGUUAUGUCUUCUGUCGAUCGCUGAAGAAAAUUGAUUACAUCGAAGCAUUUGAUUAUAAUACUGAUGGUAGUCAAACGUCUGUGUCACUCACGUUGGAACCUGGUGCUCAACAUCUUUUACCAUACAGUUGUAUUCGACCAUAUGUGGAAAGUGGUGAUGUCAUCUUGAUAUGA